AUGGACCAUCGUACUACUUGCCAGGACGUGAUGCGAUGUGAAAUGUGUGAGACUGCUGUGGUACAGAUGCACUGCGAAACAUGCCGUGUCAACCUAUGCAAGCCCUGUAUCGGAGAACACAUUUCUGCUGAUCUCGCCAAACCUCAUAAAAUUGUUGACUUCAGGAAAAGAAAGUCUUCUCUUAUUUAUCCUAAAUGCACAUCUCAUGAUGAAGAAAUUUGUGAAAUGCAUUGUAAUAAUUGUGACAUUCCUGUAUGCAGUAACUGUCUUGUUACAGGUAAACAUCUCGGUCAUACAUUCGUAAAAGUCUUGCAAUUCCGAAAAGAUAAACUGGAUAAAAUCAUCAAAGUUGAAACUGAACUCAAGGAGAUAAUUUAUCCAAUAAACGAGGACAUUGCCUCUGAUGUACAAAACAGAAUGAGUCAGUUAGAAGAGGAGUAUGGAGAUCUCUCAACGGCCAUAACAAAACAUGGAGAGGACUGGCACAGAAAAAUUGACCAACUUGUCGAGAAACUUAAAGCUGAAGUCGAGGAGAUGAAAAUCACACAGUUAGAAACACUAGAGAGACAUUUAAAUGAAAUUCACGAGAAAAUGUCGAACAUUAUGGAGAUGAUGAAGGCUACGACACAAAGACAACAGUAA